UGAUCAUGUGUCGUGUGACAUAACAAACAAGACAUACACUGCUACAGAAACCACGAAGUCACAAAAUGUAAUGAGACUUUGUUACAUCAGAGAGAAGUGGAAUGCUACAGAAUAUAUAGAGUAGCUAUGGACCCCCGCCACAGUGCCCAAGAUGCCGUCCGAUGUGACCUAUGUGAGACAGCUAUAGUACAGACGUACUGUGAUUUCUGCCACAUCAACCUGUGCAUCUCCUGUACAGGAAAACACAUUAUUGAUGACUAUGACAAACACAAAGUGGUCCCAUACCAAAAUCGAAAAUCAACCUUGAUCUAUCCAAAGUGUGCUACACAUCAAACCAAAAAAUGUCAAUUUCAAUGCAAGGAAUGCGAUAUGUUUGUCUGUUCCUUAUGUACUGCAUCUGGAGAUAAACAUAGGGGUCAUACAUUUUCAGUUCUUUCUGAAAUCUACAACGAAAGAAAAGCAGACAUUACAAGAGAUUCAGUGGAAAUAGAAAACAUUAUUUCUCCAACAUAUGAAGAAAUGGCCACUGACUUAGAAACUCAAAUGACAAACUUGGAUGGGGAAUAUGUGAAAUUCACAACAGUAGUUACAAACCAUGGAGAGCAAUGGCACAAGGAAAUUGACAAUGUCAUCAACAAAAUGAAAAAUGAAAUAGAAGAGAUAAAACUUAAACACUUGGGAAUUCUGAAGAAACAUUUGGGUGAAAUUAAACAGAUAAAGUCCCUAAUUGAGCAAUCACGCAUUACACUGAAGAAAAUGGAGGAAUCCAAUGAAGUGUCUGUGACCAUGGAAUACAGAUCAAAAAACAAAGAAUUCAGAAAACUUCCUCCCAAAGUCCGAGUCUCACUGCCUACAUUUUGUCCAAACACAAUAGACAGUGAACAGCUUUACAAGUCACUGGGAUCGUUGAUACCAUUAUCAUUUACCACAGAUGAAAAUGGUUACACACUGAAGAAAUCAGAAACCUCACAAAAAGAACUGAUGGAUGAACCAGAGCUUGUCACUACAAUAGAUACUGGGUAUGGAGAUCUCAGCAGUGUUACCUGUCUGAGUGAAGAAGAAUUCUGGACAAGUGCAUAUGUCAGUGAUAUGAAAUGCUUUAAUGUUCAAGGUACAGUUAUUGAUACAAUCAAAACAAAAUCAGGGAAAUGGCCAAAUGAUAUAGCAGUGACAAGUGAUGGGGGUCUAGUGUACUCUGAUGGGAGAACAAAGACUGUGAAUAAAGUGAAGAGUGGACAGACAGAGGAGGUGAUCAGACUACAGGGCUGGAAACCUAUCAAUCUCUGUGUCACCUCCUCUGGUGAUCUCCUGGCUACCAUGUACAGUGUUGAUCUAACACAAUCCAAAGUUGUUCGUUACUCAGGUUCCACAGAGAAACAAACAAUCCAGUAUGAUGAUGAGGGUAGGCCUCUAUAUUCAGGAAAUGCUAUACUUAAAUACAUCAGUGAGAACAGAAACCUGGAUAUCUGUGUGGCUGACUGUAAAGUUGGUGCAGUAGUCGUGGUAAACCAGGCUGGAAAACUUCGAUUUAGAUACACUGGUCAUUCUUCUAGUACCAAAAAUAAAACAUUCAAACCCCGGGGAAUCACAACAGACAGUCUAAGUCAGAUCCUGACAGCAGACUAUAAUAACCUCUGUAUUCACAUUGUGGACCAGAAUGGACAGUUCCUCUGCUAUAUAGAAAACUGUGAUAUGAAGGGCCUCUACGGCUUAUGUGUGGACAAAAAUGACAACUUGUUUGUUGCUGAAGUAGCCAUGGACCCCCGCCGCAGUGCCCAAGAUGCCGUCCGAUGUGACCUAUGUGAGACAGCUAUAGUACAGACGUACUGUGAUUUCUGCCACAUCAAUCUGUGCAUUUUCUGUACAGGAAAGCACAUUAUUGAUGACUAUGACAAACACAAAGUGGUCCCAUACCAAAAUCGAAAAUCAACCUUGAUCUAUCCAAAGUGUGCUACACAUCAAACCAAAAAUUGUCAAUUUCAAUGCAAGGAAUGUGAUAUGUUAGUCUGUUCCUUAUGUGCUGUAUCUGCAGAUAAACAUAAGGGUCAUACAUUUUCAAUUCUCUCUGAAAUCUACAACGAAAGAAAAGCAGACAUUACAAGAGAUUCAGAGGAAAUAGAAAACAUUAUUUCUCCAACAUAUGAAGAAAUGGUCACCGACUUAGAAACUCAAAUGACCAACUUGGAUGGAGAAUAUGUGAAAUUCACAACAGCAGUUACAAAACAUGGAGAGGAAUGGCAUAAGGAAAUUGACAAUGUCAUCAACAAAAUGAAAAAUGAAAUAGAGGAGAUGAAAAUUAAACACCUGAGGAUUCUGAAGAAACAUUUGGAUGAAAUUAAGCAGAUACAGUCCCUUAUUGAGCAAUCAUUGAUUACUCUGAAGAAAAUUGAGGAAUCCAACCAAGUGUCUGUGACCAUGGAAUACAGAUCCAAAAACAAAGAAUUCAGAAAACUUCCUCCCAAAGUCCGAAUCUCACUGCCUACAUUUUGUCCAAACACGAUAGACAGUGAACAGCUUUACAAGUCAUUGGGAUCUUUGAUGUCAUUAUCAUUUACCACAGAUGAAAAUGGCUACACACUGAAGAAAGUAGAAACCUCACCCAAAGAACUGAUGGAUGAACCAGAGCUUGUCACUACAAUAAAUACUGGGUAUAAAAAACUCCUCAGUGUUACCUGUCGGAGUGAAGAAGAAUUCUGGACAAGUGCAGAAGUUGGUGAUAUGAAAUGUUUUAAUGUUCAAGGUACAGUUAUUAAUACAAUCAAAAUCAAUUCAGGAGAAUGUCCAAAUGAUAUAGCAGUGACCAGUGAUGGGGAGGUAAUGUACUCUGACUGGAAAACAAAGACUGUGAAUAAAGUGAAGAGUGGAAAGACAGAGGAGGUGAUCAGACUACAGGGCUGGACACCCAGUAAACUCUGUGUCACCUCCUCUGGUGAUCUCCUGGUUACCAUGUACAGUGUUGUUAAAACACAAUCCAAAGUUGUCCGUUACUCAGGUUCCACAGAGAAACAAACAAUCCAGUAUGAUGAUGAGGGUAAGCCUCUAUAUUCAGAAAAUUAUUAUACUAAAUACGUCAGUGAGAACAGGAACCUGGAUAUCUGUGUGGCUGACUAUGACGCUGGUGCAGUAGUGGUUGUCAACCAGGCUGGAAAACUCCGAUUUAAAUAUACUGGUCGUCCUUCUACUGCCAAAAAUAAAGCAUUCAAACCCUGUGGAAUUACAACAGACGGUCAGAGUCAGAUCCUGACAGCAGACAAUGAUAACCACUGUAUCCACAUCCUGGUCCAGAAUGGACAGUUCCUCCGCUUUAUAGAUAAAUGUUAUCUGAAGAAUCCAUUUGGUUUAUGUGUGGACAAAAGUGACAACUUGUUUGUUGCAGAGUACAAAAGUGGAAAUGUCAAGAAAAUCAAAUAUCUACAAUAA